AUGGCAACCCUAGCCCGCGCAUCCAGAAGAAUAUUCCCCCGACCCCUCUGCACCAUCCUUCAUGGACGAGCCUUUUCAGCGCAGGCCGUCCAAUCGGCCCCAAAUCCGACCAAACCAGAUCCGAUCAUAAGGGAAUCGCCGGAUCGAGUGAAAUGGGACUACAGGGGCCAGAGGAAAACCAUACCCUUGGGACAGUGGUCCCCUAAGAUCGCCGUCGAUGCCUAUGUGGCCCCUAAUGUCGUACUGGCCGGCCAAGUGGUGGUCUACGACGGCGCGUCAGUGUGGAGCGGUGCUGUUUUGCGCGGCGACCUUAACAAGAUCUCUGUUGGGUUUUGCUCCAAUGUGCAGGAACGGUGUGUUAUUCACGCCGCUUGGUCUUCCCCCACAGGUCUGCCAGCAGAAACAUCAAUCGAUAGGUUUGUCACAAUUGGUGCAUGCAGUCUGCUGCGGUCCUGCACAGUCGAGCCCGAAUGUAUUAUUGGGCAGAAUUCCAUCCUUAUGGAGGGGUCUUUGGUAGAAACACAUUCCAUCCUUGAAGCGGGCUCUGUUGUUCCUCCUGGCCGGAGAAUUCCGAGCGGUGAACUUUGGGCUGGGAAUCCAGCGAAAUUUGUUAGGGCUUUGACUCAUGAGGAGACACUUGAGAUCCCUAAGCUUGCCGUUGCUAUAAAUGAUCUCAGCAAAAGCCACUUCUCAGAGUUUUUGCCUUAUUCAACUGUAUACUUGGAGGUUGAGAAGUUGAAAUCGUCCCUGGGAAUCUCUAUCUGA